UCGAAUUGACCGAUCCCUCAGGAAGUCUGCAAUCCAUCUGCACAGAUCAGCGGGAAGUCCAUAUGCAGGAAGCUUGCCGAUAAGGCUGUCGUGCCACACCCUAUCAAAGGCCUUAGAUUAAAAUACUGAAAGUUGGAUUUUCCUGCGUAGCCAUCUUAUUUCAAUUUUUUUUUAAUAUCAUUAUGCCAUUUGUUGGUAUUAUUUGUUCAGAGUUCAACCUAACUAAAUAUUGAGAAACGCAGUGAAAAUUCUAUUAAUAAAAAAACAAUUACGGCAUUUCAAAGGUUUAAGGAAUGGUUGUCCCUAACUCAUUAAGUAAACAUUCCCUACGGGGUCUUAUCUCGUCUAAGAUAAUAAUGUACUUAGGAGAGGUUCGUAUAUAAAGGUGGGCCAGGACAAUUCAAACAUUUAUUCCCGUUAAGGACAUCCGUACUAACUGUCGCCAUGCGCGUUUCGAAGGUCUUCACCGUGUUUUUUAUCUUGUGUUCAGUACAGUGUUGCAUAUGCAAACCAACCAUACAAAAUGACUUAACCGAGGGGCGCGGUAUCUUGACCUCUAUAUGGGAUUGGAUUAAAUAUCCGUUUUAUUGGUGGAGCUCAGGAGAAGCAGAUCAGCCUGUAACUGAAAAGCUUCUAGGGUCUACAACGUUAGACCCCAACGGAGUUGUAGACAUCAGGAGUCACAAUGUGACUAUUUGGUGCAAUGACCAAACUUGUACAACAAUGAAGUGCGAUCAGUGGCAAUGUAAGAACAUUACUUGUAACAUUUACGAUACAGAUUUCCGAGGAGAAUGCAGGGAGUAUAAUAUCAUAACAGAGUCUGAACCUACGGUGACGCAGACACCAGAGACUACGACAAAAGUUGACGUUCCGAUUAAAAGCACCACGGAAAAGCUUGAAAUACGAGUACCUGCUAGCGUAACCGAAGCUAUUAUUGUGGAAAAUGAAACUGACAAAGUUUUAACAACUGUGGAGCAACCUCUAGAAUUAGAAGCAGUAAUGUCGUCUACCGUUGACAAGGUAGCUCCGGAGAAUGUUUCAAAAGAAAAGGUUGAACCAGCAAAUGAUUCAAGGCAAAACCUUAACUGAAGAUGACUCCCUGCACCAGUUUUCCUUACACAACUUUAAAGUUCCUGUACCAAAGUUAACUGAAGCUUGUCUGCCAUUUAUCAUAACAAAAAAAAUGGAAUGCGAUUAUUACAACCGUAAAGCGGAAAGGUGUAGUAAGUGUAAUCCUACGAGACCUCCUUAUCUCUGAGUCAUUUCUAGAUAACGAAACGUUUAAACUUUGUUAAAUUCUUUUAGAUUAUAUUUGUGUUAACUAAGAUCUAUUAGAUAAUGGUUUAGAAUUGUAAAGUCACUGACUAACAUAAUAUUUUUUCGUAUUUUGUAUUGACUAAGAAAAUGUCAUGGCGUAAAUUAAAUCAUCUUUAAUAAAUGGUAAUUAAGUUUUGA